AUGGUAGCAGUACUCAUCCCGCCAUAUCGCCGCGAAGUGCGUACUGGUCCCUCGUGGUUCUCCUUCUCAGAGACGACCGCCCCAGCUCGCCAGUGCGACGUGCUCGGGCUCUCCAGCUACUUGAAAACUCAGCUACUCCGGAGCCCCAGGACAUCGCUUGCUCGCAACAUGGGAGUCACGGUCUCGCGUUUGACUGAGACCCUGAUUUCCUCGACGACGGCUUCCGCGCCCACGUCGAACUUGAAGGAGGUAUUCGGGGAAGCGUCAUGCGAGAUGCCCUCGGCGAAGUCUGGAGAGGCGAUGGGACGCAGCAAGGGGAUCGAGCUUGCCCAUCUUCGGACUGAGUCUCGAGAGGUUCAUGUCGAUCAUCAACCCUGCAUCCCCGAUCAUUGUACUUCUCCUGCUCCGCGGGCUUGCCCUAUCCAGGACGGAAUAUUUAGCGGGCCACACAGAUACGAUCGCAAGUUCCUAUUGCAAUUCAAGGACACUUGCAGGGAUAAGCCCGAUUUCCUGGUCGACCUGAAGACUCUCGGACUUGAACCUAGUGGCCCUAUCCGUGUCUGCCUGGCCGUGGCGAAUCCUGGACAUACUACCAAAAACCAGCGCCGUCGCGCUCGUCGUGAGCGGCGGGCCAUGGAAAUGGCCCAGCUUGGCCUUGCGACUCUCCCACGUCCUGCACUCGACUCAAAGGCAAGAACAGCACCGACGGGCUUGUUGAUUGAACUUGAUUUCGACCACGACGCUAUCGACGCGCCGAAGGCCUGGGACUUCAUGGCCUCCCUGGUGAAGGCGGCGUGCUUCGACGAGGAAACAUGGACGCAGCUGGCGAUCAGAUCGUCUAACGCGGAUAAGAUGCUCUCCUUGCUGUCAUCUGUCUCUGCCUCCCAGCCGAUAUCUCAUUGUUUCUCCCAGGACGAAAUUGCGCUAUCUCUGCCGGAUCCAGACGGCUCAGGCGUAUGGGCGCUUACUAUAUGCCCCACGAGAUCGUCCGACAGCACGUCGUCUCUGCCAUGGACCUUUCGUCUGCACGAUCCCCAGGGCACCGCUCAUGACCUGGUAGCCGGGAGACGCGACAGUUCCGUCCUCCUGCAUCGCGCGCUGAACCCGUGGAGGCCGUUCAGCCUUCGCAGACGAUAUGGAUCUGAUGGCGAUCACGAUGCGGUGGACGACGAGGACGAGUGGCGAGAGGUCGUGAGGCGAAAGGUCACUGCCCUGCUCAACAAGCUCACCGCGGGAAACCUGGACACCAUCUCCAAGCAGAUCAUCAAGUGGGCUAACGAGUCCGAGUCCGAGGAGGACGCCAGGACGGUCAAGCUGGUCGUCCAGCUGGUGCUUGACGCGGCGAGGGACAUGCCUCUCUUGUCUGGCAUGUACGCGCACCUGUGCUGCAGGAUAGCCAGCCGUUGUGUCGGCUCGAGGGUCAAGGGCGGUCGACCUGUCGACGUAGCCCGCACCCCUCAGUCUGGUGGCGCGCUGUUCAGCGAUCUUCUGUUCGACCACAUCAAAAAGGAGUUCGGCAUCGUGCCAUUCUCAGUAGAGCAACGCCAAACAACCGUCGAAGGCCUCGCGUCGAAGGCUGCGGCUGCGCACGAUGGUAUCAAUGGGCGACACGGAACAGGCGUAUCUUCGCGUCGGCCUAAGGCAGCGCGGCGAGGUUACGGUUUGGCGGUCUUUGUCGCCACGCUCGUCAAGUUGGGAGAAUACUCGAAGGACGUCUUACUCAUGUUCGUGCAGGAGCUGCUCGACACCAUCGUUUCCCACAAGGACUCGCAAGACAUCGAGUGUCUCUGCACCUUGCUCAGUAUCGCCGGAGAUCGGCUCGAGACGCAGUCCCGCAAUAAGAGCUUGGAUCUUCAUUUCACGCGCAUGAAGAAGUUGUCGAAGAGUCGAAGAGUUAAGCCGCGAGAGCGAUUCAUGUUGGAGGAUGUCAUCGAACGUCGAAAAGGGGGAUGGAAUUUCUCUCUUCCUCUGACGCCUCGUAGCGACCGAGCCACUGUUGCGAAUUGCUCAGAUGAGGGCCAUGCGGAAGGCCACCUUCCUGAACCCUCUCAUUCAUACCAAUUUGCUAGGCGGCACCAGUCGAGAGAUGUGCUUGAAAACCCUGUCUUGUCAGACUCCGUCCCACUGGUGCCAGCAAGAGCAAGUGGGAUGCCCCUGACGCAGGCUCACGACGCAGACGAAGUAAAGCCAUUCUUGUCAUCUUUCACGUUCCGACCUUAUUCUACAUCCAAGCGCCACAACUCGCCGAGUCAGCCGCAGACGAACGCGACGGCAAGCCCUCGAAAGCCGCCCGCUCAGUCAUUGCCAGGCGGUCCCGCGCCCAGCAUCCAACCUGGUAUGCCGCCUGCUCCUAUGCAGGGCUGGUUCUAUCCUCCUCCUUACGGUGGUUAUGUGGACCCUAAUUGGGCCGCGGCUUACGGCCAGUGGUAUAUGCCGCAACAAGGACCCCCACCUAUGUCUCCUCAACAACAUCCUGCGCAACCUCCCCCUAUGCCCAUGUCCCCCCGAAACGCCCCGCCGCCAUUACAAGGUGGCCCCGGCACUCCAGCCCCUGUACAUGCUUCGCCCGUUCCUCACCCGCCUCCCUCCCACGCCCCUUCGAACAGCAUCAAUGGUGUCGCGUCACCGCCGGGGACGCCUGCCAGCGCAACCGUUCCCGUGCCCGGCGGACGUCUCAACCAGAGCGCGGCACCGUUUACUCCCUCGUCGUCUGCUCGCAAGAUCACCCUUCGUGCGCCGGACGGUAGCGAGCUUAAGUUUGACAAGUUCAAGCAGAACGGACAACAGCCCGCUGCCUCUCCUGCGACGCCGACGGUGACGAGCCCGCGCAAGCCGGUCAAGAUCGAGAAACCGACGGAGGCGCACGAGAAGCGGAUAGCCGCCGAGAAGGCCGAGGCUGAGGCUAAGGCCAAGAAGGAGCGCAAGCAGAAGGUGAGGGACGAGAAGGAACUCAGGGAGCGCAAGGAGAUUCUGGAGGAGGAGGAGGAGGAGGAGGAGGAGGAGGAGCUUCAGACAAUACAGGAAGCCGAGCGUAAGAGCGCUGGCAAGGCGCGCAAGAAGGCGGAGGCGAAGCUCACCCUUGAUGGCUUCAUGGAGGUAUGCAAGGAGAAGCCCCUCAGUAUGUCCAGCUCCAACGCUUCUGGUAUUGAGCGUAUGGGCCCCGCCGACUUCGCCAUGUUCCGCGGACGGUCCCACCGCAAGUCUUUCAAUGCUUAG